AUGUGCGCGUGUGCUGAUGACUACGCCCUGGCAGAGGACGGGCGGAGCUGCAUCGCUCAAGCUUUGGGGUGGCCCGGAUUGCAGGUUUUGUUGCAGCACAAAGGCUAUAGCUACUGCGGGGGGGUCAUCGUUCAUCCCAGCUGGGUGGUCACCACUGCCCACUGUCUGAUCAACCUGAAUGUUGAGAACCUGAUGGUGGUGGCAGGGGAGCACAACCUGAGGCUGGCAGAGGGGACGGAGCAGAAGACCGGCGUGGCCGAAGCUGUCCUCCACAGGCUGUACAAUGUCACAACUAGCGAUAGCAACAUCGCCCUGUUGAGGCUACACCAGCCCAUUAUGUUCUCCGACUGCGGCGUGCCUGUGUGCCUCCCACGGAGGGAGUUUGCUGAGAACGAGUUGGCAGCCAUGCGCUACUCCACUGUCAGUGGCUGGGUCUGCCGGAUCAAGGCCGGCUACACCCGAGGAGACAUUGUGACCCUGUACCCGCCCACCUUGUUAGAGAAAUAUGUACUUUUUUUAUUGUCAUUUUGCUAGACACUUGGAAACAACACCCUGCAGCAGCUUGAUCUUAAUUUAGCAAUAACACUGCUUAAGAACGGUCGCUUGAAUAUUUCCACCCCAUAUAGGGUGAUAAACAAUGUUCAAUGUCUUUUGCAUAUCCUAUUUGUGUACCUCAAUAAAAGACACUGCAAGGGGAGUUUCCUCUUUCGAAGUUGGCUGAGUUCGACUGAGAGGCUGACACCUCAAGGUCAGGACUGGGCUUCCCUUGCAGCAAGUAAAAGAUCA